AGCAUGGCGGUCAGAGGUCUGUGUAUCAGACUGUUGGUGACCCUCGUGAUCCUGCUCAGUGCGCAUGAUCAGAAAGUUGAUGCAGUUUCUCUGCGUAUCGUUCCAAGCAGAUCGCAGUUCUUUGAAUAUGAAUCUGUAACGUUUUACUGUGAGGGUGAUGUUUACUGGGAAGUUGUGCAUAAUAUCAAAGGGAAAAUAAACUACUGUAGUCACACCAGCAAGAGAACACCAGCAGGAUCGUCCUGCACCAUUAAAAACAUUUAUACAGCCGACAGUGGAGAGUACUGGUGUGAGACGGAGGGAGGCAAGAGAAGCAACAGCAUCAACAUCGCUGUCACUGCUGGUUCUGUGAUCCUGGAGGUUCCUGCUGUUCCUGUGUUCAUGGAAGAAACUGCGACUCUUCGCUGCAGAAACAAAAUCGCUUCCUCCAACUUCACCUCGAACUUCUAUAAAGACGGAGUUCAUGUCCAUCGAAGCUUCACAGGAGAGACGACCAUCCAGAGAGUUUCCAGCGUGGAUGAAGGGCUUUACAAGUGCAGCAUCUCAGGAGCUGGAGACUCACCGGAGAGCUGGCUGAAUGUGACAGGAAAAUGGAAGGAUGACAGUCACACAGACCCCUCUUCGGACCCCUGCUGUCAUGUUUACCUCGUCUUGCGGACUGUGUUCACCAUCAUGAUGGUGGCUCUGCUGCUGCUGCUGGUGGGACUUCUUCACUGCGGGAAAAUCAGAGCUGCAACAACUAACUCAUGGCUGCCCGGCUGUAAAUGUUACAGUGAUAAGAGAGAAAAUGAUUCAGCCUCUGAUGAUAAACAGAACAAUGAAAGCACAACAGUUUAUGUCUCAUCAGAUGCUUCAUGA